CGCAUCCCAAUUCUUCACGCGGCGGAGCAACAACGACGACGACCAGCGAGCGAGCAGUGGUGUGUGCAUAUCGAGUUGUUAACAUGUCGUUCCCAGCAUUUGGCCAGAAGCCAGGCGGUGCAACGACAACUACCACGACGGCAUCGCCGUUUGGCCAGAAGCCCGGUGGCGCAACCGCUAUGGGAUCGCCCUUUGGACAGAAGGCCGCAACAACAACGGCAGCGACAACCAGCCCCUUUGGUCAGAAACCUGCCGGCUCCCCAUUUGGUCAAAAGCCCGCGGGUUCGCCCUUUGGUCAGGCCAAGCCAGGUGGCUUUGGAAGCCUACAGUCACAGCAACAACAGCAGCAAGGCGCAGCGCCACGAUUUGCACUCCAACCGAAAAAGGCAGCAACCACGGGGGCAACAAGCCAGGCUGCGAACACGUCAGCUACAGAGGGCAAGGACGAAAGCAAAAGCCAAUCGUGGGAGGAUGCACGUGUCGACAACGAGGUUGCAGCGGUCGUGGCCGGGCUCACCUCGCACUUUGAGGAGAUGAAGAAGACACGGUCUGCGGUGCAGCAACACAUUUCGAACAAGAUCCAAGGGAUGGACGGGAUUGUGAGCCGUCUCCACAGCCGCCUGCUGGCCAUUGCAUCCGAUGUUGAUCGCACAGCUGACGAUACCCAGGGGCUCAAGGAAGACAGCUUGCAGACUGCGAGUGACGCGAGCGUGUGUGAACGCCUUCACGCAGCUGACAUGCGCACAUACGCCGACCCGUACAGCCAGUCCUCCUCCCCCGUUACAGAAUAUUUCCAGCGGCUGCUGGCCAAAUUUGAGAAGCAGCUAACACUGUAUCGAUCGCAGACGCGUGAGUUGGAGUUGGCAGUGACGACCACGCCCGCAUCCUCUGCUCACGAGAGCGCCCAGGCCCUCCAGGAGCUGCUGCAGAUGCAGGCGCAGUCGUUUGUGGACCUGUGCGCACAAGCACAACACAUCCACGAGCGCGUGGCCGAGGAGGCAGAAAAAUACAAACAGUUCUACAAGAACCUGCCCAAGUCACCAAAUGACCCUGAAGACCCGUUUGCGGCUCCGAAACCCGUGGCUAUGGAAGAAUCUGCAGAGGAUGAAGAGUCCAGUGGGCCGCAAUUUGGGCUCCCAGCCCCGUUCAACCCAUUUGCAAACCCGGCCCUCCUGCGGCAGUGGCAGCAGCAGCAAGCAGUGAUGAUGGCCCAGUACUCGCAGCAGCCGUUUGCACAGCAACAGCAGCCACAGCAGGGCGCGUUUGGCGCAAAGCCAUCGCCUUUUGGUGGCGCCACGACUGGGGCCUUUGGAGCCAAGCCAUCACCGUUUGGUGGUCAACAGCAACAGGGCGCAUUUGGCGCAAAGCCGUCGCCUUUUGGAGCAGCAACCACCACUGCCACAACGGGUGCCUUUGGUGGUGCAAAGCCAUCACCAUUCGGGGGCCAGCAGCAGGGCGCAUUUGGUGCAAAGCCAUCACCCUUUGGUGGCGCGGCGACAACAGCCAACACCACCACCGGGGCCUUUGGAGCCAAGCCAUCCCCUUUUGGUGGCCAGCAGCAACAACAACAACAGCAGGGCGCGUUUGGUGCAAAGCCAUCACCUUUCGGAGCACCCAAGGCACCAGGGCCCGGCACCGCCACCACCAAGUUUGGCUUCUCGUAGGACGUGCGACUGGAGAGUUUGAAUCGC